AUGAGAUGGUUCAUCCUUCUCGCCUUUAUUGGCGUGCUUCUAUUAAAAAAUGCCACACCAUCGAAAAAUCUGAGAUAUCCUUCACGUUUGGAUUGGUUAUUUGGCGUAAAUAAUGAACCAGAUAAAAAUAAAGAAGAAAAUAAGGAAAAAGAAAAGAAAGAUGACAAGCCAACUGUAUGCCAAUCUCAGGAGUGCAAAAAAAUAGCUCGGAUAAUAUCGGAGAGCAUGAACAAAUCUGCGGAUCCGUGCGACGAUUUCUAUGAAUAUGCUUGUGGGAGAUGGCCAGAACAUAAUCCUAUCCCAAAUGGGUUGGAAUCCUGGAGUAUGUUUAGAAGAGCGCAAAUAAAUGUCCAGAAACAAAUAAAAGAAAUUCUUGACGAGGGUCCGAAGAAAAACGAUCUUUUGGCGGUGAAACUCGCUAAGAAGUGGUAUGCGGUGUGUAUGGAUACAGAUGCAAUGGAGAGGUAUGGACUCGAGCCGCUCGUCUUUACCUUAUCGCGAAUAGGCGGCUGGCCAUUGAUAAUGGAACAGGACGAAUGGAACGAGCAGGAGUACAGCUGGCAAAAAGUGGAUGAUCAAUAUGUGCGCUUGACGGGAAGAAAUGCUUUUUACGACGUGAGCGUCGUGAACAUCGAUUAUGAUUUGAACGAGACUCGAAAAGUAGUAUAUAUCGAUAUUCCGGAUCUACCUACGGGUUCAAAUAGACUUUGGAGUGAAACCGACAGCGAAGAGGAAGAAGACAAAAGCGACGAGGACGCCAGCAACGAGCAGAAAGAUAGCCAAGAACCUGGAAGCAAAGAAAAAAACGAUGACAAAAGCGGUAAUAAUAGAAACGAUGAAAAUGAAGAUGAUAAUAACGAUGAAAGUGAUAACAAUGAUGACGAAAAAGAUAAUAAUAAUAAUGACAAAGAAAAUAACGCUAACGAUACAAACAAACAGAAUGACGAUGAUAAUGCGAAGAAAAAAGUUAGUACAAAAAGAACUGGCAAGUUAGCAAAAAACAAAAAAUUAGGACAUGGUAGAAAGAUGAAGAGUAAUACCCACUCCAAGAACAACCAUCAUAAGACGAAAAAAGAAGGGAUAAAAAAACGGGCAAUACCGACAAAUAUUCGCGAGAAAUUACGCGUAUGGAAGACCGAAAAAAAUCACGUAAAGCAAAAACGUAUAGAGAGACCAAAAGAAACUUUAAAGGCGACAACACCGCAGGAUAACACAAAAGAAAUGAUCGACGAAGAUAACGAUCUGAAAAAAUACACUAAUUACAUCUCGAAAGUAGCUCACGCUAUAGCUAAAACAAGAGGCGUCGAAGUCUCAGAGGAACAUAUGAAUAAAGAUAUUCAGGACAUAAUCGAAUUUCAAGUGAGACUAGCUGAGAUUACUGCAGAAGCAGAUGUUAUGAGAUACAGAGAUGUUAAGAGUAUGACGCUCAAUGAUUUUCAAAAAUGGUAUAAUGAAAAGAAACCUAAAACUCCCAACAGCGCAAUUAACUGGGUGUACAAAAUUGGGGAAUUAUUUGAUGAGGCCCACGUCCAAAUAGGUGACGAUUUAACUGUAGGAAUUAGGCGACAAAGUUACUUCAGGGAUCUUGUUGCUUUGCUGGAUAAAACAUCAAGUCGAACGAUCGUAAACUAUAUACAUUGGAACUUCUUAAUCAGAAUAAUAAAAACUACCACAAGUGAAAUGAGAAAAUUAUACUAUGCAUGGGAAGGAAAAGAAGAGAAGGAUGAUAAAGAGGUUCUCGGAAUUUCCUUGAGAUCGCGCAAAUGCACACGCGAAGUAGCCGAGAUGAGCGUCAUUCUGGCGUACGAAUAUGUCAGGAACCAUUUCUCAGAUGAAAUCACGAAAACCGCAUCGGACAUGGUGGACGAUAUGCAAAUAGAAGUCGAGUAUCAAAUUAAAGAAUCAAAUUGGAUGGAUGAGGAUACUAAGGAUUUUGUUUUAGCAAAAUUAGUGAAUCUAAACAAAUUUAUCGGGUAUCCAGAUUGGUUUAAGAAUAACACUAAGGUUAAACAAUAUUUUCAAGGACUCGUUAUAGGCAAAUCGUAUUACGAGAAUAUACUGAGCUAUGAUAGAUACAGCAAAUGGAAAAACCUUCGAGAAUUAUUGUUAGAAGAUGACGAAAAUGCUGAUGACAUAAUGAUGAUAAACCCCACAACGGUAGAUGCUUAUUUCUCCCCGGGUGCUAAUUCCAUAGCUAUCUCGGCAGCGGAUUUCCAGAGCCCAUUAUUUGCUUAUGGUCGACCACAAGUUAUUAAUUAUGGUAUUAUUGGAAUGAUCAUGGGUCACGAAGUUAAUCACGGAUUUGAUAAUAGAGGACACUUAUAUGAUAAAAACGGAAAUGCUGUGGAAUGGUUAUCUGCAAUGGCCGAAGCAUAUGGCAAGAGGGCAGAAUGUUUUGUCGAGCAAUUUAAUAAUUAUUCCAUUGACAAGACAUCGAAUUACACAAUUGAGAACUAUGGCAAUCAGACUGCAGGAGAGAAUAUCGCGGAUACAAUGGGAUUAGAGGCAGCGUUUAAAGCAUAUCAAAGGAGACAAAGAGAAUGCGGGAAACCGGAUACUGUAUUGCCAGGUCUUGAGGAUCUCACUAACGAUCAACUUUUCUUCUUAUCCUUUGCUAACUUGUGCUGCGAAGCUGCAAAAAUGAAUAGUACUAUAAAUAAAGCUAAGCGUGACCCACAUAGCCCCGGACGGUUGAGAAUUAUAGGAAGCGUUUCAAAUUCACAAGACUUCGCCGAAGCUUACAAUUGCCCGAUCGGCAGUGCAAUGAAUCCCUCAAAGAAAUGCCAUAUCUGGAAGUGAAUAACUUAUACGUUUAUUAUAAAUUAAACUUGCCAAUGUUUGACGAAAAUGUAAAAUAAAUGACAAAAGUUGUAUAUCUAUACGUAUCGAUGAAUAUUAUAAUAAGGCAUAUAAUGUAAAGAGCUCGUACAUUUUUUUCCGUUACAGGUUUGAAGUGCUCAUCAUAAUUUUAUCAUGUAAAAAUAACAAUUAAUUAUAUUUUUGUGUUUUAAUUAUAUUUAAGUAAUAACAUGUAUAGUUAUGGUGCGAAGCGUUAAUUGAUUCAAGUCAGUUAACAAAACUCUACAAGAACAAUAAUAUAGCAUUUGGUAACUGGAA